GUACAGUUGAUUUAGGUUAUGUUCGCGGUAAAUGCGAGUAGUGGAAAAAUAUUUUAAAUUGUUAAGCCCGCACACUUCAUUACUCAGCACAUACGUUCACGACGAGUGUUGGCUGAUAUGACGUCUUCCGAGACGUUAGAGGUAGCAUUUGUGUCAGACGGCACUUCAGGGGCCACAGUAUGGGACAUAAACAACGGUACAAUGUUGAGAACAUACAGACAUACAGGGUCCAUUGGACAAAACUGCAUGAGCCUGUUGGCAAAUGAUUAUCUUAUUGGCGCCGACAAGGGACCACUGAUACAAACUUGGCCGAUCAACAGUCAGGAACGAUCACACCAGGUGCGCAUGUUAUGUGGUGGGAAAAUUAACUCACUAGCUGCAAGUCCUGAUGGACUGUACAUUGCAGUGGCAAUCAGUGAAAAACUACAGGUUUGGAUGGCUUGUUCGGGAAGAUUGUUGACAACUGUAAGUCGCCAUUUUCAACCAAUCACCAUUAUUAAGUGGUCUCCUGAUGGAUCCUAUUUAGUUACUGGUGGUGAAGAUGGUCUUGUUUGUGUAUGGUCAUUAGCUAAAUUGGUUAAUACAUCUCGAUCUUCCAUGCCACAGAUAUUUUUCUCUGGAGACCAAACUGAUCAGUCAGCGCCCAAUUACAUAUUUUCAGAUCACUCUGUUAGAAUAACUGGAAUAUAUAUUGGUAAUUGUACAAGAUGCAUACGAAUUUUUACUACUUCAGUUGACAAGACUUGCAAGAUUUAUGACCUCUCAACCGGUAUUAUGUUAUUAUCAAUUGCAUUUGAUAUAAUUCCUUCUAGCCUUACUGUUGAUUCAGUAGAAACUGCUGCUUAUAUUGGUACUACAGCUGGUCCUAUACGAUCCUUUGAUCUUACAUCUCCACCACGUACUCGUGAAUGUUAUAUAUCAGAUAAAGAAAGUGGUAUUAAAUUUAUUGGUCAUACUAAAGCUGUAACUGCUUUAAGUGUGUCAUUGUUUGGUGAUACAUUAGUGUCCGGAUCUACAGAUUGUACGAUAAGAACGUGGCAUGUAGCAAGUCGUCAAUGUUUACGCACUAUUCAAUUAAAAGAGCCUGUCAUGAAUAUGAUUUUAACAUUGAUACCUCGUCAAUUAAAUGCAAAUGAAUUAGAACCUAGUAUUAUAUUAAGGAGUUUUAAAAAAACAGAAGAACUAGAAAAUGAUAACGUUGUUGAAGCAUAUUGUUAUAAUGAUCUUUUUGAAGAAGAAUAUGAUACUUUAGGAUACAAAGAAGAUGCUAGUAUGCAUGAAGAUUUGGAAAAAAUUAAAACAAUCAAUGCAAAAAUGUAUGAAUUUGCUCUUCACUCUAUAUUAAAAGAAAGUGAACCAAAUUUAAAGGAGGAUAUAGAUAUUAGUUCUUUUUCAAUGGUUGAUUUAGAAUUUGAUGGAGAAAAGAAUGAAUUAAGCAAUGAUGAUGAAACAACUGAACAUUCCACAACUCCAAAAAAGAAAAAAAGAGGAAGAAGAAAAAGUAAAAAAAAUGUUGAUGAUGCUAAUAUAAGUAAUAUUUAUAAAUAUUCAUGAAUCUGUAAUUUUUUUAAUCUGCUUUGAUUAUAAUUGUUAUUUUUAAUUCUAUACAAAAAUUAUUAUGAAUAUUUUAAAGUUUUUAAUAUGAAUUAAUCAAAAUAAUUAAUGAAUAAAAUAGAUAAUAGUUAUAUGUAACAUUAAAAUAUUAUAUAACUUGUCCAAGAAAAAUGAACCAGUUUUUUUAAUUUAUUAUCUCAUUUUAAUUCAAUGUUAUUCAAAUUUUGAUUAUUUUACUUAAAACCCAAAAUAAAGUACUAGAAUUGUUUUUUUUAUGUUUCCUAUUAAUUUCCAUAAUUUUUCAUUUAUACUUUGUUCACAAUAAGAAACAUAGCUGACUACUGUGUAAGGUCGGCUUAAAGAUGGUUAACUCGGUAGGGAUAGACAAACUAAUGUUGUCUGACCAUCACUAACUACGUUUCUUAUUUUGAACAGAGUAUAGUUAUGGAGAUAUUAAUGUUUAGAUGACAAUUUAGUGAAAUUUUAAAAUGUAUUGUAUAAAGGUUUUAAAUUAGCACAUACUACAUUAACUUAUAAAAUAAAGUCAACUAAGUUUUAAUUUAAAUA